CGGGCAGUGGUGGCAGCGGUGGUGGCAGCGGUGGCAGCGCCGGCGUCGGUGUUAGCAUCCUACCUGCUCGAGGACAAACCGAGUACGUCUCGUGCGAGGGUGCGGGCCGCACACGGUUCGCCGAACCUCCGGUACGUUUCGUGCUCGCGGAACUUGUCAUUCUUUUCGUUCCCGUAAACGCGCGCUCCCACCUUAAAAACAGCUGUGUCGAUUGGUAGGUUUCGAAGGUGAUCGCCUAACUAAGUCGAUUCUCGUUGUGAUCUAGCAUCGUGAUAUCUUCGUUAUUAAAUACGUAUUAAGCUCUGUGAAUAAGUAUCAACGGACGAAUUGGUCGCGUGACCGCGAAGCAACCGGCUGCCUCGAGGUGGCGCGUUUUCAAACCAAGAAGACGGAGAAGGAAUUUUAUCGUAUUCGUACGUGAAAGAAAGAUCCAGGAAGUGUGGAUCGGUAGCUGUUCGUGAUCAAACGAUCAUAUCUUUCCCGAGUAAAAGAAGCAUCGAGGGAUCGAAAAACGUGCGCGUAUGGGUGCGCGUCCCGAUAUGACCCACCACGAUUGAGACUUUUUUUUGCCACGCUUUUACAUAGCAGCCCGACGAACAUAUCAAAACCUGGAAAGAUGAUUCGUGACUAUCUGAUGCUGCUCUCGUGGCUAUGCGCGGUGCAAGGAAAAAUAGGGUAUUUCUGGCACAUCACUGACAUCCACUAUGAUCCGAGAUACUCCACCCAAGCAAACGCGGCAAACGCGUGCUGGAACACGAAGAACGGUGUGAACAGCGGUCGGAAAACCCCCGGAGAAUUCGGUGACUAUGGCUGCGAUUCGCCCUGGGCCCUGGUAGAAUCAGCAGCGAUGGCAAUGACAUCCAAUCGCGGCGAAGGAAUCAAGUUCGUUCUCUGGACCGGUGACGCGCUGACGCGCACUACUGGCAUGAGCGUCGAGCUUCGUCUGCAGUGUUUGCGGAAUUUGACCGAUCUGUUGUCUCGCACGUUUAAGGAACAGUUUGUGUUUCCGGCGCUCGGACACGACGACAUCGGGGUGAACUUCUCACAACUCGCCGAGAUCUGGCAGCAUUGGUUGCCGCAGGAAGCUCUGGAUACCUUUAAAACUGCCGGAUAUUACACGAUAGAGCAGCGCUCGGAAAAGUAUCGAAUCAUUUUCCUCAAUACGAAUUUGUGGUUGAACACGGCUGACAAUCGUAUGCUACAUCGCUCCGGAAGUAGUACGAUCGACAACACGCAGGAUCCUUUCGAUCAAUGGUCCUGGUUCCAGAUGACUCUCGAGACCGCGCGGAGGAAGAAGGAAACGGUGUACAUCGUAGGCCACACACCACCAGGGGUGGACGAUCGUGAGAGCGGAGCGGCGAUGUUGAGCGAACGACACAAUACCAAAUAUCUCCAGCUGAUCCGGUUGUACUCGGACAUCAUUCGCGGUCAGUUCUUCGGUCACUGGCACUCGGACACUUUUCGCGUGGUCUAUAGCGAUACCGGUCUGCCGGUGUCAUGGAUAAUGAUGGCACCCAGUAUAUCACCAAGCACGCCUGGAGGGCCAAACAAUCCAGGUUUAAGAUUGUACAAAUUCGAAACUGCCACUGGUCAGGUGCUGGAUUAUACGCAGUAUUAUCUUAAUCUGCCGGACGCGAAUUCAGCCGGGACGGCAAACUGGUUGGCCGAGUACUCUCUGCUUGAGUACUAUGAACUUCAGGAAAUUACAGCGAUCACUCUUCACGACCUGGCUGACCGAUUCACGCAAUUCAAUGAUUAUGCUUUCGUCAGAUACUAUGCGGCCAACACGGUCUCGUUGCCGCGGGAAGUGGAGCAGAUUUGGGGCUGCGGAGGACCGCUGAACGGAGCUUGCGCUCUCCAUCAUUACUGCACGGUCACCCGGCUGAACCCAGAAAACUACAGGCAAUGCUACUCCUCGUAUGCGUACGCACUCGCUUCCACCGGUCCAUCCACGCCGCGACUCUACUUCUCGCUGCACCUGCUCGUCCUGUUGGUUUCUGCGGAGCUACUGAGGAAUCGGUAGGUUGGAAUCCCAACGGCCUGGCGAAAGACGACUGCGUUACAAGCGACCAAAAGCUCAGCUCCCUGCUCUUCCUGAUGCGCCGAUGACAUUUACGUCGGCGAUCACCGCGCGCGACCGAUCGAACUCGGAUGUUGUUUAAGCGGCAGCAAAUCUUCGAGCCAAUCUCACGCUGCCACCGCAGUUGACGAUGUCUCGUUCCGUUGUCGCGAUGUUUGCUCGCAAGGGGAGCAGCCGGAUAGAGAAGGGAAGGGAGCGUCGGUAUGUACCGCAGCGAGUGAUUCACUUUGUCUCUGUGUCUGCCUCGAUGUCUGUCUCUUUGUCCACGUCUUCUCUCUGUCGUAUCACGCGAAGGGGUUUGGACGUCACGGGAAAAUGGGACUUUUCAACGCCACAGCGAUAUCACGUCACGCGUUCCGCGGGGAUUCGUUCGUAGGCUCGAAGCGAGCGUUCCCAUCGAAACACAGUAUUUUCUAUGUAUGCCGAACGACAGGAUGAUGAUCGCCUCGAACGACUGCUUCUUCGCAGUUUGAACGAUCGUUUAAUUACUCGGUCUACGAAAUUUCAUGGCAUGAUUGGCAUUUGCUCGGUAGUGGCGAGUGGCGAGUGGCUCGACCUGAUGUAAUCGCGAGACGAGAGAGGGAGAUGAUCGACAGGGUAACCCUGAAAUAUAAACAUGGUUCAAACGAAAGCGAAUGAAAGAAAUCAAUGAAACCUUGAUGUUGUACUUGCUUCUCUUAAACGUUUGUGUGCGUUGUUUUAACACGAGAGAAUCGUAUUUAUUAGGGCGCGGCGCGCGCCUAAAAUCAGCCGCGGAACACAAAGAACGAUCCACGUAAUGGAGAACGACGAAUUUACGCGAUGCAUGAAACACACGAUCGAUCUCGUGAAACCGUUCAUUAUUCGGUGAUGUCGCACGACUUGAAUCCACCGUCAACGGAAGGGACGUCGGUGACCCCGGGACGACUGCGUCGAAGCGUUCUUAGCUCCAAGAACCAUUAUCGUAUCGUACCACCAUUUCGCGAUUGUCGGAACAAUACAGUAUUUCUUAAUAAACGAAUCAUGGAUUUGUAA